AUGCCGACAAUUACCUACAACCCAGACAGUAUGCCCGAUUUGUCGGGAAAGGUUAUUCUCAUUACUGGCGGCACUGGAGGUCUUGGGGCUGAAAGCGCACUGCGACUGGCGCAGAAAUCGCCCGCGCACAUCUACAUUAGUGGCCGGAAGGCCGCCAACGCGGAUAAAGUCAUCCAGCAGAUCCGAAAAGCUGGCAGCAAGACGCCGGUCACCUUCCUUCCCUGUGACCUGGCCUCCUUGGUCUCAGUGAAGCAGGCAGCAGAGUCGUUUCUAGCCCUAGAGUCCCGCCUAGACAUUCUGAUGUGCAACGCCGGAAUCAUGGCCACGCCACCGGGGCUGACGGCGGACGGAUACGAAAUCCAAUUCGGCACUAAUCAUCUCGGUCACGCACUGCUGAUCCGCAAGCUGCUGCCACUCCUCGAGACUUCAGCAGAAGCUGCGGACGUGCGCAUCAUCCUGCUCACCUCAUUGGGGUUCAAGAUGCACCCGAGUGGAGGAAUCGUCUUCGACGCCGUGCGCACCAAGCAGGAGUUUAGCGCCUUUGGCGGAUGGAUCCGCUACGGCCAGAGCAAGUUGGCAAAUCUGCUGUACGCGCGUGAGCUCGCACGUCGGUACCCGGCCAUGACCAGUGUCUCCGUCACGCCCGGAGUCGUGAAUACCGGGCUGGUCGAGAACCUAGGCCGCUUCAACCGCGCCUUCGUCUGGAUCACCAACUUGGGUCAGCUGCUGAAGCCGGAGGAAGGUGCCUAUAAUCAGCUCUGGGCUUCGACAGUCGCCAAGGCCACCCUACAGAAUGGCCAGUUCUAUGAGCCGGUCGGGGUGCUCUCUACCAAACUAGACAAGGCAUCUCAGGAUGCGGCAUUAGCCAAGCGGUUGUGGGAGUGGACUGAAGAGGCCUUGCAGGCAUACUUGUAA